CGGCCGAGCCGCACGAGCCCCAUCCCGGAAGUGCUCACUGGUCGUCUCCAUGCGCCGGCUCCCGGGCGUAAAGCCUAGGCGCGAGGCUCAGACCACAGGUAGUGCGGACGCGGAGGGCCCUGCCUGCCGGCCGUGAGCCGCGGCGGCCGCGGGACCAGCCCCAGCCAGCAUGCUGCUCCUGCCGAGCGCCGCGGAGGGCCAGGGCACCGCCAUCACCCACGCUCUGACCUCCGCCUCUUCAGUCUGUCAAGUUGAACCUGUGGGAAGAUGGUUUGAAGCUUUUGUUAAGAGGAGAAACAGAAAUGCUUCUACAUCUUUUCAGGAACUGGAAGAUAAGAAAGAGUUGUCAGAGGAAUCAGAAGAUGAAGAGUUACAGUUAGAAGAAUUCCCCAUGCUGAAAACACUUGAUCCCAAAGAUUGGAAGAAUCAAGAUCAUUAUGCAGUUCUGGGACUUGGCCACGUCAGAUACAAAGCUACACCGAGACAGAUCAAAGCAGCUCAUAAAGCAAUGGUCUUGAAACAUCAUCCAGACAAACGGAAAGCGGCUGGGGAACCCAUCAAAGAAGGAGACAAUGACUACUUCACUUGCAUAACUAAAGCUUAUGAAAUGUUGUCUGAUCCAGUAAAAAGGCGGGCAUUUAACAGUGUAGAUCCUACUUUUGACAACUCAGUUCCUUCUAAAAGUGAAGCUAAGGACAAUUUUUUUCAAGUGUUUUCUCCAGUGUUUGAAAGGAAUUCCAGAUGGUCAAAUAAAAAAAAUGUUCCCAAGCUUGGUGAUAUGAACUCCUCGUUUGAAGAUGUAGAUGCGUUUUACUCUUUCUGGUAUAAUUUUGAUUCUUGGAGAGAAUUUUCUUAUUUAGAUGAAGAAGAAAAAGAAAAAGCAGAAUGUCGUGAUGAGAGGAAAUGGAUUGAAAAGCAGAACAGAGCCACGAGGGCACAAAGGAAAAAGGAAGAGAUGAACAGAAUAAGAACAUUAGUAGAUAAUGCUUACAGUUGUGACCCAAGGAUAAAAAAGUUUAAGGAAGAAGAAAAGGCCAAGAAAGAAGCAGAAAAGAAAGCAAAAGCAGAAGCCAGGCGGAAGGAACAGGAAGCCAAAGAAAAGCAAAGACAAGCUGAAUUAGAAGCUGUUCGGUUGGCUAAGGAGAAAGAAGAGGAAGAAUUUAGACAGCAAGCAUUGUUGGCCAAGAAGGAAAAAGAUAUCCAGAAGAAAGCCAUUAAAAAGGAAAGGCAGAAACUUCGGAACUCGUGCAAGAGCUGGAAUCACUUCUCGGACAAUGAGGCAGACCGGGUUAAAAUGAUGGAAGAGGUGGAAAAACUCUGUGAUCGGCUUGAACUAACAAGCUUGCAGGGCUUGAAUGAAAUACUGGCUUCAUCUACGAGAGAAGUAGGAAAAGCUGCACUUGAAAAACAGAUAGAAGAAGUAAAUGAGCAGAUGAGGAGAGAGAAGGAGGAAGCUGAUGCUCGGAUGCGGCAAGCAUCCAAGAAUGCAGAGAAGUCAACUGGUGGAAGUGGGAGUGGCAGUAAAAAUUGGUCAGAAGAUGAUCUGCAAUUAUUAAUUAAAGCUGUCAAUCUCUUCCCUGCUGGAACAAACUCAAGGUACUUGCUUUUGUGCUGGCACUCUAACUUCAUCCUUGAGAACAGCCUGUGCUACCCUCAUCAAAAAGAUGACAUUAACAAAAAGGCUUUUGAUAAGUUUAAAAAAGAACAUGGAGUGGCCUCUCAGGCUGACAGUGCAGCACCGUCAGAACGGUUUGAAGGUCCCUGCAUAGAUUCUACCCCGUGGACAACAGAAGAACAGAAACUGUUAGAACAGGCUUUGAAAACAUACCCAGUAAAUACUCCUGAAAGAUGGGAAAAGAUAGCCGAAGCUGUUCCUGGCAGGACGAAGAAGGACUGCAUGAGGCGAUACAAGGAACUCGUGGAGAUGGUGAAAGCAAAGAAAGCUGCUCAGGAGCAAGUGCUGAAUGCAAGCAGAGCCAGGAAAUAAUGCAGGCAAUCCUGGUUGUGUGUGCACUUUUAUAAUAAAACUGAAAAUACUCUACACAUUUUCACUUGGAA